CUGUCUGGCUCGCUAGCUACCUCUGCUCACUGCACACUUCCAGAGCAGCAUAUCACGGGUAUCCACACGAUGCUACACUCGUUUGCCAGGCCUUCAGUGAGAUUGCCAGAGCUGUAAGAUGUCAAUGGUGGUGUUUGCCUCUGUGGUUCGGGUCGGGGAUGGCCUGCCUCUCUCUGCAUCCACUGACUAUGAGCAGGAUAAAGAGCUUCAGGAAACCAAGAGGCAUCUCAAAGGUCUCUCCAAGAAACUCAGCCAGUUCCCUGACCGCUGCACACUUAAGACUGGACCAUACAAUGUCAAUUUCACAAGCUCACUGGGUGUUGGAUACCUGAUGGUGUGCACCGCAAACUACCCCAACGUGCUGGCCUUCUGCUUCCUGGAUGAGCUACAGAAGGAGUUUAUCGUCACCUAUGACCCAAAGCGAAUCAGCAGUGUUGUGCGGCCGUACUCCUUCAUUGAAUUUGACACCUUCAUCCAGAAGACCAAACAGCGCUACAACAGCCCUCGUUCCCUGUCCACCAAGAUCAACCUGGCUGACAUGCAGACAGAGAUCAGGCUGCGACCGCCCUACCAGCUGUCCCCUGAGGACCUACGGGCUAUCAAUGGAUUCUCUGUGCACACACCCUCCAAGUACAAGGGCAUAGCUCCCACACAGAUGUUGGAGCCAGUGACUCUCCCGGGCAUUGUGUCUUGUGUGCUUAGUGUCCUCUGUGGAGGCCUGAACCUGCUGCGAGGAGUCCACGCUAUAGAGAGCAUACUACAGAAUGACGAUGAAGACUUUAAUUAUGUGAUUGCCUUCUUCCUCGGCACAGCAGCCUGUCUUUAUCAGUGCUACCUGUUUGCCUACUUCUCUGUCUGGAGGAACAGUAAGUCCUUUCUAGCAUUUGCACUCAUCUGUCUGUCCAACAUGUAUCUGUAUGAACUGAGGAACAUGUGGCAGAUCCUCUUCCAUGUGGCGGUGGGGGCCUUCAUGACCCUGCAGAUAAGACUGAGGCAACCGCUUGGCAAAGCACCAGACUAUAAUGUCUGACAAAAACUUUACACCCAAAGGACAAACGGACCGUCUGUCAGAUGUCUCACCUGCUCUGGAGAUGCAGCGGAGACAGCUCUGGCCAGUCUGGGGACAAAGUGGAAACAAAAAACAAUCACUUCAGGAAGAUAAGAAAUCUUGCAGCACCACAGUGGUCCUGUUCUCACUCAAUCCCAGCACCAAUGGACAGAGUGUGAUACUCCACCGCAGCCUGAAUCAUCUGUGGAUCUAACUGGAUUGUUUUUGGAAGUUGUCUGUUCCCCACCAUUGUCUCAUAAAGACAUUUACUUUUACUUCAUUUCAUUGCAGCCAUAGUUAAGGUCAGAGUCCUGCAUACAGGAUGUCUAGUUUUGCCGAUCUGUACUCUCCUGCAAAAUUAAGACUCAGGAGCUACAGGUCAGGUGUAACCUGCAACCCUAACUUAAAACCAAAUACAGAGGCCAUAGUGACUCUGUUCAAAUACCACCACCAAGAUUAUACUUUCUUUCAUAUCUUACUUUGAGGAAUCUGAAACCUUGUUGUUAUUUAAGAUAUUAAGCAAAGUAAGAGUGAAAUAAUUAUUUAAAUCCAUGUCAUGCAGCAUCACAUCACGUGACACUCAUAACUAGCACAGGUGCAGGGGUUUUGAUUCUCAUCAGAUGCAGUGUAUGUUGCCUUUAAGAAUUUGAAUCUCAGUAUUUGACAUUCUUCAAUUCUUGAGUUACAGACAUAUUUCUGUUUGCACCCAAAAAUUGAUUUGGUUUAAUACCCAACCAACCAUGUGGUCUUGGCUGAAGGCUGGGCUGAACAGAAGAGCAUACAGCAGAAAAUAAACUGAUCAAAGAUAAUACAAUUUGAACAUAGAAAGGCAGCAGGAUUGGACCUUAAUCCAAAUUUGUCUAAACUUGUCCAAUUUUGUGUUUAUAUCACCCAUGUCCUGCUUGCAUCUAAUUAUUCCUCAGUUCAGUUCAUAUACAUGCACUUUUUGCACAUGCACCCUUGGAUACCUGACUUGGUGCAGGACUCUGGUUUAGGUCUUGGUUUAAAACUAUGCAAUGCUGCCUCAUAUAUGUGGCUCUCAUUUCUGUUUUGGUGUAUUCUGUAUUCAGGAGUCACUUAUCAUAUCUUAUUUUUGUUGACUGUUAAUUUUUGCUAUUUAUUUACUGAGAGAUUGUUCAUUGGCAUGUGAUCAGUGAUGAUUUUUACAGAUUUUAUCAGUGUUAUUUGUUGUUUUAUGGUUGCUCCAUUUUUCUUUUUUAACGCAGACUUGUAUCUACUUGUCACAAAGUAACUCCUGCUCCAGUAGACACAAACAGCGUGUUAGCAUUCAUACCCUACUUCCUCGCCCACACAGCCUCAAGCAUGUGGAAGUGUCAAGUGACUAUGUUAAUAAACAAGUCUGUGUUGGCAGCAGUAAAGAUACUAGCUGUGUUGUCGGGGCCAGAGGCAGCCCAUAUCAUCUGAGCAGCCUCUGGCGUGCUUUUCCUCCCACCGAGUCCCCGAGACAUGGUUGCGUCUGCCACUUUGGAAGACAAAAACUCAGUCUCUCACCCUCUGCCUGUGUAAUGGAUAUUAGUACAGCGUUCACAUCUAACGUAAUUACAAUCAGGGGAUGCCACAUUCAUCGUUUUUAAGCAGUGUGAGAUUUGUCCGGGAAAUUAUGGGAAGCUUUCCUGGCUUUUCCUGCAUCAUCCCAAUAAACAAUAGCAAACAAAUGGCGAAGGGUAGAGAAUUGAGUCAUGCCUUUAUUGUUCAUGAGUAGCUCAACAGUUGUGCCAAGAUUGUCAUGACGUCUUUCUUUUUUUCUUUUUUUUUUUUAAAUAAUCUGUCUCUCACUGUAUGGAGUGAAAAGUGAAAAUGAAAAGGAGUAUAGCCACGCAAAUACAGUCGAUGUCCAGCUGGCAUCUGCACAUCUGAUCUGUUGGGGGAACGCUGCAGCGCUACGGCCUUGUGUGAUUCAUCAUUGCUCUCUGAAUGUUCCCAGCUUUCCCAACAGCAGUACCACACCUACAUGACCUAAUAGUUCUUUUCACAACAUGGCUUGGACUCAGUUGGAUCUGAAUUGUGUUUCACUGGCUCAGAUUGUUUGCAUUUGUUUGCAUUCUCCUUUUCCACAGCAUUUAUAAUAGAUGUGUAGAGCAUGUGUGUUGUGUAAAGUAGGAAAAGUACAAUUCAAGGUAUUUAUGCUGGUUUAUCCAAGUAUGGAAAAUGAAUGUGGUCAUUUCCAGGUCUUUAAAACACGGAAAUGAACUGCUGCGAAUUUGUUACACGUGUUGCAUAAAUUUUAAUUCGUUUUAUUUUACACUAGAGUGUCCCCAGUCAUGAUUAGGUCACAGACUAAUAUGAACAGUGUAAAUUCAGGAAAUGAAGAUCUGGGAAAAUGUGUUGGAACGCUGCAUUUAAACUAUAUCUGAGACCAGAAGUGCUUUAAUUUGGUUCAUUUUCUGUUGCACAUGGAGGCACAUUUCUUUAUAAUGAUGUGAUCUGGUCCUCUUCACCCCACUUGAAACAUAUCUUCUCUUGUAUUAGGGCUCAUUGUGUCUGGGAUCAGCUCUGGAACAUUGAACAUUAAAAAAAAUCUAAGACAUUA